AUGAUGAAUAUUAAUGAAACAAGAAAUACUAGUGAAAUCAUAAAUGAUACUUUAUCAACAAUUCAUACUGAUAUACAAGUUUCUGGAUCUGGAGAACUUGUUAUUAAUGUUAUUGUUUAUUCAAUCAUUAUAAUAUUAAGUAUUAUCGGAAAUGUUAUUGUUGUAACAGCUAUACUUCGUGUGCAACGACUACGUCAUCCAACUAAUUUUAUACUUAUGUCACUUGCUAUUGCUGAUUUACUUGUCACAACAACAGUUAUGAUACCAGGAUUUAUAUCUGAAAUAAAACAAAAAUGGAUAUUUGGACGUAUAUUUUGUAAUAUAUGGGUAGCUAAUGAUAUUACAUUUUGUACAGCAUCUAUUUUGCAUCUUGUUGCUGUUAGUUUUGAUCGAUAUGUUGCGAUUGAAAAUCCACUUAAAUACAAACAAAAAAUGACUAAACGUACUAUAUUGAUUAUAAUUGGUUGUAUAUGGUUAAUCAGUGUUUUACUUUCCUAUGCUCCAGUUCUAUUGGGUGUUUAUAGUCAAUCUCGAACUGGUGGUGCAACUUCAAAUAAUCCGGAUGAAUGUAAUAUGAGACCUAAUUUAAUUUAUUCGAUUAUAUCAGCAUUAACAUCAUUUUAUAUCCCACUUAUAAUAAUACUUUUUCUUUAUGGAAGAAUAUAUAUAACAGCACGUAAACAUUCACGUGAAUUACGAAAACUUGAAAUUAUUAUUCAACGUUUACAUAGUGAUAACAAUUUUUUAUUAGAAAAUAAAAAUUGGAAUACAAAUCUUAAAGCAAUACGAACAUUAGGUAUUGUCGUUGGUGUAUUCGUUGCUUGUUGGUUACCUUUUUUUGUUAUGUAUCUUGUAUUAGCAUGUUGUAAUUACACAUGUGCUCAUCCACUUGUAGAACGUUAUAUAACUUGGAUUGGCUAUGUUAACUCAUUUUGCAAUCCAAUGAUCUAUGCAUUUUCAAAUAAAGAGUUUCGUAAUGCUUUCUUUGAAAUUCUUAAUUAUAAUAAUUGUCGAUGUAUUUCAUUCUCAUGUGCUCUUCGUACAUCUAUCAGUAAAUCAAUUCAUUCAAUGAAUAUUAAAGGAUCAUCACCAGUACAAUCUCGACAAACAAGUGUUACACCUUAUUCACAUUCAUUACAACGUAAUGAUCAAUUUUCAUGUACAACAUCUUCUAUAUUAAGUGCACCUUCAACAAAAAAACCUUUUAUUCUAACAAAUACUGAUAGUACUGAUGGAUAUGAAAUGCAAACAUUAUCACCUCAACAGAAAACACUUGAAGCUUUUCAUGAGCUUGAACAACUCGUACCAAAUGGUAUAUCAGGUCGAGUAUCAAUCGUUCGUAUGAGUUCAUUAAUACAAGAUCAAGAUGAUAUAGGUAUUGAAACACCUCCAUGCAAAAAGAAUUAA